AUGAAUCGCAUGCCUCCUCCGGAAGGGCAUCAUGUGCAUGCGGGUCCGCAUCCAGCAUACGAGCCAUCAUGGCGCCCUUCAUACCCCCCAACCUUCGAUAAACAUCCCUCCGACUCCCGCCGCUCCUCCGCAAAUUCCCAGGCAUCCUUACCACCGCACCCGCCAGGGUACCCCGUGAUACCCAACCGUGAGCUGCCACAAUUAACCUCGGAAGGUCCGUACGGUCGUCCGAAUGGUCAUGGCCUGCCCCUGCACGCGCCCGUGCAUUCCCCGCAGGACCCGGUUCCCCCUCACCCAAACUUCCACCAGCCGAUGAAUGGCGUGCCGCACGAGGGCUCACCUGAUUAUCGCGCUCGUAUGGGAUACCAACCCCCGGAUCAGAUCAACAGCGCUGAACAUACACCCGUUUCCGGCGCUCUGCCUCCUGCUUCACAGUUCCUGCCUCCCGGCGCUUAUAUGGCUAGUGCUACGCCGCCUGCUGGGGGCGACCCGGCAUUUUACCAAAACCAGGCGUUUGGUACACGUCAGCGUAAGGCGAACAGAGCCACGCAGGCUUGCGAUCAAUGUCGAGCUAGGAAAGCAAAGUGCGAUGAGGGACGGCCUCUUUGCAGCCACUGCAAAGAGAACAGUCUUAUCUGUGUUUACAAGGAGGUACCACCACACAAACAAGAGAAGACUACACAACUGGUAUUGGAUCGGCUUGCCCAGAUAGAGAACCGCAUGGAUGAACGAGACCACCGCAUCGAGGAACGAGACAAUCGCAUGGAAGAACGAGACAAUCGCAUGGAGGAGCGGUUCGAAAAAUUGCAAAAGCAAAUACAAGAGCAAAUGCUCAGAAAGCUGGCCCAAGAAUCACCUCAGUUUGUCCAAGAACGGCUGACUCUCCCACCGCCACCACUGCCGGCCAUCAAGCAGGACCCACCUCUCAAAACAGAGAUGCCUCCGACCCAGGCGUCAACUCCAAACGUUCUGGAUCCCGGGAGUCAGGAUUUAGGCCCUUCGAAAUAUGGCCAACCGGUUGGAGCAAUGGACCCGAUGCUCGAGGACCAGAAGGAGGCCGAAGGAGAGCUCUCCAUCCCAGUGGAGCACACCACUGCGGCUCACAAGCUAUUGAUGUGGCCGUCUAUCAAAAGGCUACUCCACCCUGCAUUAUAUGAUGAGGAUUAUGUGAUGCGGUUGGAGGAAGAACGCGGUCUGAUCAGUAUAUACGGCCAAGGCGAGAUCUCAUUCACCGCCGACGACAGUGAGUUACCAAUGGGCUCUAAGGAUUCUCGAUCCAGCGGGGCACGACCUGAUGGGGAUGGCGCGGGGCCAGAUGCUGAUGUCGACAUCGACGAAUUUGGUCACAUGAAGCUGGAUGCCACGACUGCAAAACGCUACUAUGAUAGCUACAUCACACACAUGUUUAAGCUUCACCCAUUCCUUAUGGAGGUCGAACUCGGUAUCAAGGUUGAUAGCUUCAUUCGAUGCUAUUGUCCGCCUAGUAAAUCACCGACUUCAGCUUCCAAUCACACACGACUAGCUCGUGAUGGUCCGCCACCAGCCAAAAGAAGGCGGUCAAACGAAAACUUGGGUGUUCGCGGCGAACCCAUGGAGAAUAUCUCGAACCCGGUGCGCCCACGAGUCGGUAGAAAUAUCGAUAAUGUCUUGGUGAUGCUGUGCAUGGCCAUCGGAGCUAUCUGCGAAGCUGGUGCUCCUCUCCCUGGGCCUAUCAUGGACAAGGAUAUCGACUACCUCCGCCAGCCCAUUCCUGCUCCGCUGCCACCAUUUGUCUCCCCACCAACUGUAAAUGGGACAUAUGUCACCAAUGGGGUACUCUCCCCCGCAAACUCCGACUCGGCGGCCAUGCCGGUGGCACUUACACAUUCACUUUAUGGUAUGCCAAUGCAGGCGAAUAGCCAACCUUUCCCAACCGCUCCAGCGGAAAGACUACCGGGCCUGUCGAGAAGAGAUGUGACACACUCAAAGGAUACACAAGGCAACAAGAAGAACUACCAGGCCAUCCCUGGCUUGACUCUGUACGGAUACGCGACCGGAAUAUUGGGUAACCUGCAGGGUGGCAACGAGCUAGAACAUGUCCAGUCCGGCUUGCUUGCUGGGCUUUAUGCUGGCCAGCUUGCGCAUCCUUUCCAGAGUCACAGUUGGAUUUCUCAGGCCUCAAGGGCUUGUCAGGUGCUUGUGAGGAAUAAGCGAUAUGAGCGACUCGAGGAGGGGCCUUUACAGGACUUGUACAACUUUGCGUACUGGACUUGUCUGCAAUUGGAGAGCGAUCUUCUCGCAGAGCUGGAUAUUCCGGCGAGUGGCAUCUCCCGCUCCGAGGGCCGCAUGGCUAUUCCAAAAGGGAAAUGGACACUCGUUCUACCAAACGACCUCAACGCACCCCAAACGAUGAUGAUGUUGUUCUAUUCUGCGCAAAUCCAUCUGCGCAAAGUCCUGAAUCGAGUUCAUACAGACUUGUACAAAGUCGAAAAGCAAGGCCAGACACGAUGGUCAUCCACCGUUCAAGAGGCACUAAGCCUGAAUCUUGACCUCUGGCGUAAAAGCCUACCACAAAGCAUGCAGUGGGAGGAAAACGACCCGCCGGCAAACGAAAUCAACGCCGCUCGCAUGCGUGCCAAAUAUUACGGUGCUCGGUAUAUUAUUCACCGACCUCUUCUCUACCACGCACUGCAUUACGGCCACACAGGUGCGCGCGUUGGUCCAGUCGGCCAAUCUUUAGUCGACUCGCCGACCUCGCAACAAUUAUCCCCUUCGAUGCUACAUAGCGCUGUUCGAGCUCCGAACAUGGCGCGUAUGUCUAGUGACAUGGGCUCUAUGCCGGCUGCAGUCUCCACGGACUGGCAGCCCCCUAAAGUCCGUUUACAAGAUCUGCCAAAGAAGCUGAAAUCUGCCUGCGAUAUCUGCGUUAAAUCAGCUAUCAAGAGCACAGAGGCCUUUGACGGUGUAGGCGGACAUCGAUUGGUUGUCACGAACAUUUUCGGCACUGCCCAUGCGCAAUUUGGCAAUAUGCUCGUCCUCUCUGCAACUUACAUGUCAAGUCUCAAGGAGCUCGUCGAUGCAGAACUACUCGAGCGCCUCCUCACACGCACAAUAGGCUUCCUCAUCCAAAGCGAAAAUAUAUCCCCCACCCUCCGUGCCGAUGCUCGCAUUCUCACUGAGAUCCACCGGAAGAUCUUCGGUCGUGCUCCUGAUAUGGGGCAUGCCACCAGCAUGAGCAACCAUACCACCAGCAUGAGCUUCCCUUAA